AUGGCUGCUUUGAUUAUCGCGUUCACCGUUUUGGCAGUUUUGCCUCUUGUGCUUUACUUCAUUAACCCUUAUUUUUGGGAGGAUUUUAAGUUCGCAGUCACUCUGAUUCGUAUUGGUGUGCGUUUGAACCAAAUUGGAAAGAAGUUUUACAGCGUUUUGGACUGUUUUCUGGACAAGGUGGCCAGCCACCCUCACAAAACCUUCCUGCUGUUUGAAGAAAGCUCCUACUCCUACAGCCAAGCCGACAAGGAGAGCAGCAAGGCGGCCAGGGCGCUGUCCGGGUGCCUGGAGCCCGGCGACACGGUGGCGCUGCUCCUCGGGAACGAGCCCAUGUUCGUGUUUCUGUGGCUGGCCGCCGCCAAGCUGGGGUGCACCGCCGCGCUCCUCAACUGCAACCUCCGGUCCAAGUCCCUGCUGCACUGCUUCUCCUGCUGCGAUGCCAAAGUCCUGGUGGCUGGGGCCGACCUGAAAGCAGCCGUGGAGGAGAUACUGCCCACUUUAAAGGAGCAGGGGAUCCGAGUGUUUAUCCUCAGUGAACACUGUGAUGUGGAGGGCAUUGAAAGCCUCUCUGACAAAAUCAACAACGCUUCAGAUGAACCUCUUUCUCCUCAGCUGAGAGCAAAUCUGACUCUGAAGAGUCCUGCAUUAUACAUCUUCACCUCUGGAACCACAGGUCUACCCAAGGCAGCUGUGAUCGACCAUGACAGGAUAUGGAAGGCGACCUUCCUGCAGUUUAUGGUCGGUGUACGCUCAGAUGACAUAGUUUACAUUAACCUGCCACUUUACCACACCGCUGGUUUCCUGAUGGGACUCACUGGAGCCAUAAACCUGGGCAUCACUAUAGUUUUAAGACGCAAAUUCUCUGCCUCCAACUUUUGGGAUGACUGCAGAAAGCAUAAUGUGACUGUCAUUCAAUACAUUGGAGAGAUUAUGCGGUAUCUCUGUAACACGCCAAAGAAAGACAAUGACAGGGAUCACAAAGUGCGGCUGGCUGUGGGGAACGGCAUCAGGGCAGACGCGUGGGCUGAAUUCCUGCAGAGAUUUGGGGAUAUUCGUGUCUGUGAAUGCUAUGGAGCAACCGAAGGAAACGCUGGCUUUGUCAACUACAUUGGAAAAAUUGGAGCGAUCGGCAAAGAACACUUUUUGUACAAAAAAACUUGCCCAUAUUCCCUCAUCAGGUAUGACACCGAGAAAGAGGAACCAGUCAGAGACUCCAAAGGGUUUUGCAUGGAAGUCCCAGUGGGAGAGACGGGUUUGCUGAUAGGAAAGAUCGGAAAGGGAACAGAAUUCACCGGCUACGCCAAAAAUAAGCAGCAGACAGAGAAGAAGAAGCUGAGAGAUGUGUUUGUGAAGGGAGACCUGUACUUUAACAGCGGCGACCUGCUCAGGAUCGACAAAGAGGGUUUCGUCUACUUCCAGGACCGCAUUGGAGACACUUUCAGGUGGAAAGGAGAAAAUGUGGCAACCACAGAGGUGGCUGACCAUUUGGUCAUGCUGGACUCUGUGGAGGAGGCUAAUGUCUAUGGUGUGAAAGUGCCAGGUCAUGAAGGACGAAUUGGGAUGGCAGCGCUGAGGCUGAAAGAAAACAUGGACUUUGAUGGAAAAGCAAUUUAUCAGCACGUCAAAAACUGCCUUCCAAGCUAUGCAAGACCACGCUUCAUUCGCUUACAGGACGCACUGGCAGUGACCGGGACGUACAAACCGAUGAAGAUGAAGCUGGCAGAAGAGGGCUUCAACCCCGCCGUCAUCGAAAAUCCUUUAUUCUUCUUGCAGGAUGGCCAGGGAUACAUUCCCAUGACUCAGGAGAUCUUUAACUCCAUCACAGAAGGUUCACUCAGGCUCUGAGCUCAAUGAUCAUUACUGGCUUGUCAACAUGCUGGUUUUAGGAAAUACAGAAUACUGAAGUAAUCAUCUUAAAGAAAUCAAGAUGCUGAUGCUGCAGAUGUGCAGAGAUCUUAUAUUUUAUCCCUUAUAGGAAUCGUUUUG